AUGACUCUUAUAUCAGCGGAAGAAGUUGCUAAACAUAAUACGUAUCAAGAUUGUUGGGUAAUCAUUUACGAUAAAGUAUACAAUUUGUCCAAAUUCCUUCCAGAACAUCCUGGAGGCGUAGGUGUGAUCCUUGAACAAGCUGGGAAGGACUCGACAAUUGUAUUUGGUAGAAUCCAUCCACAAGGAAUAAUACAGCAAUACUUACCUCCUGAUGCUUGCCUUGGAUUGGUUGACCCUGCUACUAUUAUUGAAACUUCUAAACCAGAAAUAGAACAACGUCGUGAAGCGAUAAAAAAUAAACCACAUUUAACUGAAAUACUAAAUUUAUAUGAUUUUGAAGCCGUAGCUUCCCAAAUUUUAACUAAAGAAACAUAUGCAUUUUAUAGUUGUGCUGCGGAUGAUGAAAUUAGUUAUAGAGAAAAUCAUAACGCUUUUCAUCGUAUUUGGCUUCGUCCUCGAGUCAUGAGAGAUGUAACUCAUAUUGAUAUUAGUACAAAAAUUCUUGGAUAUCAUUCAUCUUUUCCAUUAUUUAUUUCACCUACAGCAUUAGGAAAACUUGCUCAUCCUCUAGGUGAAGUUGUCUUAACUCGAGCUGCACAUUCACAUGGAAUAAUUCAAAUGGUACCAAAUUUUGCAUCAUGUUCAUUUGAUGAAUUGACAAGUGCUCGUAAAGAAGGGCAAAUUCAAUUUUUUCAAUUAUAUAUAAAUAAGAAUAGAGAUGUAACUAAAAAAGUUGUUCAAGCGGCUCAAGAAAAAGGUUGUAAAGCAAUUUUUGUUACUGUUGACGUUCCAGGUUUAGGUAAUCGUGAAAAGGAUGCACGAAUGAAAUAUGUUGGUGCAUUACCUGAUAAUCAAAAAGGAAAUGAUUUAGAACUUAAUCGAGGUGCUUCACGACUUUUUAGCUCUCUUAUGGAUCCAAGUUUAAAUUGGAAUGAUAUUAAAUGGCUUAGAUCUAUUACAUCUUUGCCUAUUGUCAUUAAAGGUAUUCAAACUUCUGAAGAUGCAAUACUUGCUGCAGAAUAUGGAUGUGAUGGUAUAAUGCUCUCAAAUCAUGGAGGACGUCAGCUUGAUUUUGCACCUUCUGCUAUAGAAAUUCUCCCGGAAGUUAUUAAAAGUUUAAAGAGAUUAGGAUUGUUAGAUAAAGUUGAAGUAUAUAUUGAUGGUGGUAUUCGUCGUGGAACAGACAUCUUUAAAGCUCUUGCUUUGGGAGCAAAAGCUGUUGGAAUUGGAAGACCAUUACUUUAUGCCAUGUCUUCAUAUGGACAGGCUGGUGUUGAACGUGCUUUACAAAUAUUAAAGGAUGAAUUUGAAACUGCAAUGCGUCUAUCGGGUGCAAACACGAUUGCGGAUAUUUGUCCUAAUAUGGUUGAUAUUAGAAGUUUAUCUAAUCAUACAUUUACUCCAAAAGAUUAUUUGUUUUCUAAUGUGUACGAUAGGCUUUCUCCUCGACGAAGUAAAUUAUGA